UCUCUUUUAUUAUUAUGUACAACAAAUAUCAAAUAAAACACUACUUUCUUCAAUCUUAAUCUAUUGGGUUCAAUAAUGGCUUCCUUCGCCGGCGCUUCAUCUGUUACUGCAACAGCUCUUCUGCAGAAGAGAUCGCCAUCUCUUCAACCUUCCGCAAUAUUGGGAUUGCCGGCAAUGUCAAAGAUAAGUAAGGUUGGGAAAGUGAGGUGUUCGAUAGAUCAAGAGAAGGGAGAGGAGGAAAUUAAGGGUUUAACCACGAUGGGAAAAGGGGCGGCUUUGAUGGCGGCAGCAAGUGCGGCGGCGUUGUCUAGCCCAGCCAUGGCUCUGGUGGACGAGAGGAUGAGCACCGAGGGGAUUGGUCUUCCAUUUGGUCUGAGUAACAAUUUACUAGGUUGGAUACUUUUGGGGGUGUUUGGUUUGAUCUGGGCACUGUAUACUGUUUACUCAGGAACCAUUGAUGAUGAUGAGGAAUCUGGAUUGUCUCUCUAGAUUCAUGUUUUAUAAUUUGUAACUAUUAUUAAUGCUACUAUUAUUAUGUAAUGAAUGGCACUCGAUCCUCCAUAAUCAAUUGUGUAUGUGUGCUCUUCUUGGUUAA